ACGGCCGGUUCCGGCUGAAUGUCAGUGCGGAGCUGUGGGCCGGGGAGGAAGGUGGUUGGCGGUCCCCCUACCACCUCCGCCGUUGCCUCCUCCGCUUGUGUUGCCGCUGCGGGCGCCCGGCCGCUCGGCCGCUCGGGCAUGAGACCGUGAGGCGGGCAACGCGUCGGGGCCGCCAACAUGUUUGGCCGCUCGCGGAGCUGGGUGGGCGGGGGCCAUGGCAAGUCUUCCCGCAACAUCCACUCCUUGGACCACCUCAAGUAUCUGUACCACGUCUUGACCAAAAACACCACAGUCACAGAACAGAACCGGAACCUGCUAGUGGAGACCAUCCGUUCCAUCACUGAGAUCCUGAUUUGGGGAGAUCAGAAUGACAGCUCUGUAUUUGACUUCUUCCUGGAGAAGAACAUGUUUGUUUUCUUCUUGAACAUCCUGCGGCAGAAGUCAGGCCGCUACGUGUGCGUUCAGCUGCUGCAGACCUUGAACAUCCUCUUUGAGAAUAUCAGUCAUGAGACCUCACUUUAUUAUUUGCUCUCUAAUAACUAUGUAAAUUCUAUCAUUGUCCAUAAGUUUGACUUUUCCGAUGAGGAGAUUAUGGCAUAUUAUAUAUCGUUCCUGAAAACACUUUCGUUAAAACUCAACAACCACACCGUCCAUUUCUUUUACAACGAGCACACUAAUGACUUUGCCCUGUACACAGAAGCCAUCAAGUUUUUCAAUCACCCUGAAAGCAUGGUUAGAAUUGCUGUAAGAACCAUAACUUUGAACGUCUACAAAGUGUCAUUGGAUAACCAGGCCAUGCUGCACUAUAUCAGAGAUAAAACCGCUGUUCCUUACUUCUCCAAUUUGGUCUGGUUCAUUGGGAGCCACGUGAUCGAACUUGAUAAUUGUGUGCAGACUGAUGAGGAACACCGGAAUCGGGGGAAACUGAGUGACCUGGUGGCCGAGCACCUGGACCACCUGCACUAUCUCAAUGACAUCCUGAUCAUCAACUGUGAGUUCCUCAACGAUGUGCUCACAGACCAUCUGCUCAACAGGCUCUUCCUGCCCCUCUACGUGUACUCACUGGAGAACCAGGACAAGGGAGGAGAACGCCCGAAGAUCAGCCUGCCGGUUUCUCUCUAUCUCCUGUCACAGGUCUUCCUAAUUAUACAUCACGCACCCCUGGUGAACUCGUUAGCUGAAGUCAUUCUGAAUGGUGAUCUUUCUGAGAUGUACGCUAAGACCGAACAGGAUGUUCAAAGAAGUUGUGCCAAGCCCAGCAUUCGGUGCUUCAUUAAGCCCACUGAGACGCUAGAGCGCUCCCUUGAGAUGAACAAGCACAAGGGCAAGAGGCGGGUGCAGAAGAGACCCAACUACAAAAACGUUGGGGAGGAAGACGAGGAGGAGAAGGGGCCCGCCGAGGACACCCAGGAAGACGCUGAGAAGACUAAAGGUACUGAGGGUGGUUCAAAAGGCAUCAGGACGAGUGGGGAGAGUGAAGAGAUAGAGAUGGUGAUCAUGGAGCGCGGCAAGCUCCCGGAGCUGGCGGCCAACACGUCUGUGCAGGAACAGAACACCACGGACGAGGAGAAGAGCGCCGCCGCCACGGGCUUGGAGAGUGCACUGUGGAGCAGACCCUUCCUCGAUAUGGUGUACCACGCCCUGGACAGCCCAGAUGACGACUACCAUGCACUGUUUGUGCUCUGCCUCCUCUACGCCAUGUCUCAUAACAAAGGCAUGGAUCCUGAGAAACUCGAGCAAAUCCAGCUCCCAGUGCCCGGUGCGGCCGAGAAGACCACCUACAACCAUCUCCUGGCUGAGAGACUCAUCAGGAUCAUGAACAACGCGGCCCAGCCAGAUGGGAAGAUCCGGUUGGCGACGCUGGAGCUGAGCUGCCUACUCCUAAAGCAGCAAGUGGUGACCAGCAUGGGCUGCAUCAUAAAGGAUGUGCACCUGGCCUGCCUGGAGGGCGCAAGAGAAGAAAGCGUUCACCUAGUGCGGCAUUUUUAUAAGGGAGAAGAAAUUUUCUUGGACAUGUUUGAAGAUGAGUACAGGAGCAUGACAAUGAAGCCCAUGAAUGUGGAGUAUCUCAUGAUGGACGCCUCCAUCCUGCUGCCCCCAACGGGCACGCCGCUGACCGGCAUUGACUUUGUAAAGCGGCUGCCGUGCGGCGAUGUGGAGAAGACCCGGCGGGCCAUCCGGGUGUUCUUCAUGCUCCGUUCCCUGUCACUGCAGCUGCGAGGGGAGCCCGAAACCCAGUUGCCCCUGACGCGGGAGGAGGACCUGAUCAAAACGGAUGAUGUGCUAGAUCUGAACAACAGCGACCUGAUCGCGUGCACCGUGAUCACCAAGGACGGCGGCAUGGUCCAGCGCUUCCUGGCUGUCGAUAUUUACCAGAUGAGCUUAGUGGAGCCCGAUGUGUCCAGGCUUGGCUGGGGCGUCGUCAAGUUUGCAGGCCUCCUGCAGGUAUGA